AUGGUGUCAAUUCCACGGAAAAUUGCCAGACUCGUGGCAUUUGCGUUGGUUGUCUCAACGAUAAUACUCGUGGGAGUCAACUUCGGAGACUGGGAUCUUCGAGCUGGCUCAAAAUUACCACUCUCCGCAGACAAAAAGCUUGUCUUCUCGCACAAGAGUUCCAAGUCGCCUCAGCAGAUAGUGGAAGAAAACUACAAAACGUUGCAGGACAUAUUGAGGCGGCCUAUUCAUGAGCCAAAGACGGGAAAUCUGGUGCGACCGCCCUCUAAUCCAGAUGAGUACGAUCGCGCCAAUGCCACCAUGCUGGUGUUGGUGAGGAACCGAGAAUUAGGCCCUGUUGUGCGGACAAUCAAACAAAUAGAGGAAAAGUUCAACCACAAGUUUCACUACCCUUACGUCUUCCUGAAUGAACAGCCAUUUACAGAAAGAUUCAAGGAAACCAUCAAAAAGCACGUCUCGGGUGCGACGUAUUUCGAAAGCAUAGAUAAAGCGAUCUGGGAACAACCCAAAUCGAUAAGUGUGAAAAAACAGGCCAAUGCAAUGCAGCAGCUGGAAGACGAGAACGUGGGAUACGCUAAACUGGUCUCAUAUCAUAAUAUGUGCCGGUACUACAGCGUGAACUUUUAUAACCAUCCGCGAUUACAGCAGUUUCGCUACUAUUGGCGUUUUGAGCCAGGAACCGACUACUACUGUGACCUUGAUUACGAUGUGUUCAAGUUUAUGGAGAUGAACAAGAAGACCUACGGGUUCGUGAUAGCGUUAUACGACGUCGAGCAAUCUGUUAGAACUCUGUGGCCAAGAACAAUGGAAUUUUUGGCUGAACAUCCCGAUUACCUGCAUCCAAAUGGAGCCUACGAUUUCCUCGUAGAAAAUCUGCAAAAUCCGCACAAGACGCUCAUCGCCAACGGGUAUUCUACGUGCCACUUUUGGUCCAAUUUCGAGAUAGCAGACAUGGACUUUUACAGAAGCAAGCCGUACUCAGACUGGGUCAAAUUUCUGGACUCAACUGGAGGCUUCUACUAUGAGCGCUGGGGAGACGCCCCUGUCCAUUCUGUGGGUCUUGGCCUGUUUGAGGACCGUGACAAGAUCCAUUGGUUUAGAGACAUCGGCUACAAGCAUCAGCCGUACACUCUGUGCAGCAACCGUCCGUCUUGUAAAGGAUGCGAGACUGCAGAUUUUACCUACAAGCAUCUGUGGGAUCAAAACUGUUUGACAAACUGGUGGGAUUACGAAAUGUCUGAGGAUCAGAAGAAUAUAUACUGA